AUGGCCUCCAGGGAAUCCUGGGAUCUCCGCUUUUUCUUCCGUUCUACGGCUCCUGCACCUUCCGAAGUUUCGCCUACCCACCAUCCUGAAGUUCCCCAACCUUCUUCUCUCUCCGAGUGUCCCGGAGACGCCCCUGAGACGCCGGACGUCACUGGAACGGCAGAGAGUGCCGUUGAACAUCGUACAGAUAUCGAUUUCAGUGACGGUGGCCCUGGAGAACAUGAUGAUAUGGCCACGUCUUCAGCAGAAAUAUCUGAAAUUGAAUUUGGCAAAACGACAGCAGGUACCAGAAACAGUAGCAGCCUUGGGAAGAUUAGAAAAUUGAAACGUGCAUUACGAACAUUUCACAAAGAGGAGUGGGAAGAUAAAUACCUGGUGACGGUAGAGCACUCAGAGAGUGCAGGCCGUGAAACUCCAAUCUGCAUUCUGUGCGAACAAACAUUUCAGGAUAUGAAGGUGUACUCCUUUCAGCGUCACCUUGACAGGAAGCAUAAAACGCAAAUGGCUGCAAUGCGGAAGUGGUCUGCUGAGCAGAGAAAACGCAUUGUCGAGAAUUUCCACCAGAAACGGGAAUUUCAAAGAAAAAGAAUGGAAAAAGCAACAACUCCAGAGAAGCUUCAGCGUCUUGCUCCACUGAAACUUGCUUACACUCUUGCGAAACACAACAUUCCUUUGUCAAAGUCCUCAUGCAUUGUCGAGUUUUCCCGAGCUGCCGAUCCAACAUCAAAGGUGCUUGAAAAAAUGGCUGCAGGAAGAACAACAAUUACUAACGGGGUAAUCGAUAUACGCGAGAAAGUACUGAUUUCAGAAACAAAAAGUACGAUCUGUGCUUCUCCUUUCUGGUCAGUAGUUAUUGACGAGUCACUUGACGUUACAACUAAGGAACAGAUGAUAGUGUAUGCUCGAUGCAUUGACCUUCAAACAUGCGAAGUGGCUACCAAUUUCUUGUGCCUUCAUCGUCUGUCUGGCCACCCGGAUGCCGAAAAUAUCGCUUCGUCGCUUCUUGAUGUGCUAGGCGAAUCAGGAUUCAAUUUGCCUCUUGAUCGUCUUGUCUGUCUAUCAACGGAUGGGGCCUCAGUUUUACGAUCCCCGAUUAACGGCGUUAUUGCCAAGCUAAGAGAACGUCUAGACAAUCCGUUGCUGCUUUCACAGCACUGUUGCACUCAUCGACUUGUACUCUGUGCUAAAGAUGCUAGAAAAGAACUGCCAAAGUUUGUUGAAAAAACAAUUGAAUCAAUCAUGAACUACUUUCAAGGAAGUGCCGUACGAAGAGACAAGUUUGGAGAGCAUCGAGUCAAAUCAUUGGAAGAUUUGACUGAUCCCGAGGGAGCGUACAUGACGCUAGUUACGUACCAUAAGGUUCGCUGGUUGUCAUUAAGCGACUGCGUGCAACGACUUUGGGAUUUGCUUCAGCCACUUGUAACUUUCUUCGAAGAAGAAACAGGCGACCAGCGAAAUCAACCCAAAGUCAGAAAGUUAGCUGCGGAUCUUCACGAGCAAAUUUCAAAGCCGGAGUUCCAUCUAUAUUUGAGCUUUCUGGAGAAACCUCUUCGCGAUUUGGCUGCUGUGAAUCGCCAUCUUCAAACACGAAAUCAAACACUUUACACAACGUGCUGUGGAAUUCUCGCUCUACAACGUACAUUGAGCUACUACGUGAAGUCCAACGAUGCUGACGGCCAAGAGAAAGAGAGGUCUGUGAGAGAAGCAGUGUCACUUGCUGGAGGAGAAGGUUUCCGCAAACUGCUGAAGGAAACAGAAGACAACGCAUUGCUAAAUACGCGUGAAAUUCAGGCAGCUUUAAAGUCUAUGCACAAUUUUCUUCUGCAGACAGUGGAAAGCAUCUCAAGGCGCUUUUCAGAACUGGAUUUCUUUGUACAAAAAUGUCAGAUGCUGGAUCCGGUAAAUAGACGACGAGUUCAGGCGAAAGAUCUUCAGGCAAUUGCAGUAAAAUUCAAGCAUUCUGCGAUCGACGAAGAGCUAGUGUCACGUCAGGCAGUGACCUAUUCAUUUGACGAAAGUUUGGACUUACUCUAUACAGAACAGUGUGGGAUGUCAGCAGUGAAGUUUUUCAUCAGUCUUCUUCACAACGAGAACUACUGUGAAAUAGGCAAGUUGGCCCUUCUCCUGUAUUCCUUAGCGCCGGAUAGCGUUGAAGCUGAACGUGGAUUUAGCUUGAUGAAUAUAACAAAGAAUUGUUCUCGCAAUAGGCUUGGUCAACGUACGAUAAACGCGAUUAUGGCGAUAGCUUCAGACAGUAGAGGAAUGGACACAUUUCCUUUUGAUAAGGUGCUGAAUAAUAAUGUCCUUUAGUGAUGCUUAUUGUUGAAAUAGAAAACUGAUUACAUUGCCAUUGAUAUUAAUUUGAAUUGUCUUUAAUAUUGAUAUUAACAGUGGCACCGAAAACGCUAUUGGGGCCACAUUUUUGGCACCGGGCAAAAAUUGGACCGGCAUCCCUGCAGCAGGCAGCAACUAGUGUAGCUAAACAUGUAAAGCAAACAAUACAUGUGUCUAGAUCUACAUACAAUACCAAUACAAAAUCUAGUUAGGGCUGUGUUCAAACAUGUCUUUUAGUAACAUGAUGUAAUUUGCAAGUUUGCAUGCACUAAACGUAUAUGAAUAAGAUAUGAUGACGCACAUUUAGCAUGCAGCAGUUAUGAAUGUGCAUGCUAGACAGUUUCACUUGACUCAUCAAUAGAUAGCAGUUGUCUGCUCUGAUCAGAAUUCCAAGCGGAAGUUUCUUCAGUAUUCCAAUCAACAUCAUCUUGGUGAACACAUCUGAUACAUGGAAUACAGCUGCAACGUUCAACUCCUCUAAUGUGAUCGUCAUAGUAGUUGGAACUGUUUUGUCUCACAGAUAUGUGGCAUUUCAUUCGUCUACAAAACUCGCGAAUUGAAUGUAAAAAGUUUUUUCCCGUGAGAGUGUAGAUGAGAGGAUUAACUGCUGGACUGAUUGAGAUGAGAAGAACACUUGCUGCAGUAGAAUCGUUUGUCCAGUCAACGGAUGUUCCACCCGUACUGUACACAUCUGUAAAUGCUAUCAUCCAAUGUAACACAGCUAUUGGAAUCCAACAUAAAGUAUUUAGGACGACAAUUACACUUAGUCGCCAUUGAAGAUUUUGUGUGUCAGAUCUUCCUGUUUGAGACGGUAGUCUACGAACCUUCAGACACACCAAUAGAUAAAGAACUACACACGACAAUGUCAGAACGGCACUUUGAGAUGCCGUAAAUGUUCCCAAGGC